GGGCCGGCCGCCGCUCUCAGCAGCGCGUCCCAGGCGGCGUGCGGGCGUGCGGGCGCGGGGCGACGGCGGCCCCGCAGCGACAUGUGACCAUGGACCGCAGGACCAGGGAAAAUCCAGAAAGAACUUUUGACUUGGUAUUGAAAGUGAAGUGUCAUGCCUCUGAAAAUGAAGGUCCUGUGGUAUUGUGGAAAUUCCCAGAGGACUUUGGAGACCAGGAAGUACUGCAGAGCGUGCCCAAGUUCUGUUUUCCCUUUGACGUGGAAAGGGCAUCUCAGAAUCAAGUUGGACAGCACUUUACCUUCGUACUGACAGACAUUGAAAGUAAGCAGAGAUUUGGGUUCUGCAGACUCACGUCAGGAGGCAGAAUUUGUUUAUGUAUUCUUAGUUACUUGCCAUGGUUUGAAGUAUACUAUAAGCUUCUCAACACGCUGGCAGAUUACUUGGCGAAGGAACUGGAAGAUGAUUUGAAUGAAACUCUCCAAUCACUCUAUAACCACCCAGUACCAAAGGCAAACACGCCUGUCAACUUGAGUGUGAACCAAGAGCUAUUUAUUGCCAGUGAGCAAGUUCUGAAAGAUCAGCCCUCACUGAUGCCGCACUCCUGUUUCAUCGCCCCUGACAUCACUGGACUCCCGACAAUACCGGAGAGUAGAAACCUGACAGAGUACUUUGUUGCUGUGGAUGUGAACAACAUGCUGCGACUGUAUGCCAGCAUGUUACAUGAGAGGCGCAUCAUUAUUACCUCGAGCAAAUUAAGCACUUUAACUGCCUGUCUCCAUGGAUCCGCUGCUCUGCUCUACCCGAUGUACUGGCAACACAUAUACAUCCCUGUGCUUCCUCCACACCUACUGGACUACUGCUGUGCCCCAAUGCCAUACCUGAUUGGAAUACACUCCAGUCUCAUAGAGAGAGUGAAAAAUAAAUCUUUGGAAGAUGUGGUUGUGUUAAAUGUUGACACAAACACUUUAGAAUCACCAUUUAAUGACUUGAGCAACCUGCCCAGUGAUGUGGUCUCGGCCUUGAAAAAUAAGCUGAAGAAGCAGUCCACGGCUACAGGAGAUGGAGUGGCUCGGGCCUUUCUGAGGGCCCAGGCGGCUUUGUUUGGAUCCUACAGGGAUGCUCUGAGAUACAAGCCAGGUGAGCCCAUCACCUUCUGUGAGGAGAGCUUUGUAAAGCACCGCUCUAGUGUGAUGAAACAGUUCCUGGAAACUGCAGUUAACCUUCAACUGUUUAAGCAGUUUAUUGAUGGCCGACUGGCAAAGCUUAAUGCAGGAAGGGGGUUCUCUGAUAUAUUCGAAGAAGAGAUCACUGCGGGGGGCUUCUCUGGAGGGAGCCCGAGGUCAUAUCAACAGUGGGUGCAUACAGUCAAGAAAGGAAGUGCGUUGUUCAACACAGCGGUGACCAAAGCAACCCCUGCAGUGCGGACUGCAUACAAAUUCGCAAAGAGUCAUGCCAGACUGGGACUAAAGGAGGUGAAGAGCAGGCUGAAACACAAGGAAAAUGAGGAAGAUUAUGGAACCUGUUCUGGUUUGGUGCAGUAUACUCCAGUUUAUACAUUACACAAUGAAACGGGAGGAAACAGAGAGAAGCAUAAGCUUUCCCAGGCAAACUUGAGAAGACCUCAUAAGAGCCUCGAUGCUACCCUGGAUGAUGAUGACGAUGACACUGAGCGAGCGAGCAAGGUGUCUUCUGAAGAUGGCGAAGAAACAUCUGCGUAUUUCUACGAAAGUGACGACUCGGUCGAAGCACCAGUGAAGGCCCCUUACUCAGGGGAGAUGGACUUGCUGGGAGAGAUCCUGGACACGCUGAGCACACACAGCUCCGACCAAGGCAAGCUGGCAGCUGCGAAGAGCCUGGAUUUCUUCAGAUCCAUGGAUGACAUUGAUUACAAACCUACGAACAAGUCCAACACUCCCAGUGAGAAUAACCUGGCCCUACUGUGUGCUUCUGGUGAUCAAGGAGAGUGGAAUCUCGGGCAGGACGACAGUGCCCUCCAUGGCAAGCAUCUCCCUCCAUCCCCCAGGAAGAGAGUGUCCUCUAGUGGGUUGACAGACUCUCUGUUUAUCCUGAAAGAGGAGAACAGUGAAAAACCCCCCUGUGCUGACAGGAUGAGUGGCCCCACUGUGGGGGACAAGCCAGUUUCUACUUCAGGAUUGGGUUUCCAGCCAGCUUCCCUCGAGGCUGCUUCUCAGAUAGGUGAAGGAGAAGCAGAGGUGGAGGAGACACGAAGCCGGGCUUCAGAGCAUCUGCUGGUACCCAGCCUCAGCAGCCGCCAGUCUACUUUUGUUCCCUGGGAGAAGGCAGGGAAAGAGCAUAAGGAGCCUUCAGAAGAUGGUGGACUGCUCCAAGAAGUAGUGUCGUUGUGCCACAUGUCAUGUGACUUCCAACAAGGUUCCAACAUUUCAGAAGAAAAGAGAAGUGAAAACCAAACUUAAGUAAAGGGUCAGUCGCUUGCCUCUUGGCUUCUCCAGAGACAUGUGGAAUCAAUUCCCUGUGAUGCAUUCAGUAAACAGAAUCACGCAUAGGAAUGAAAACUCUUACUACUGUUUAAUGUUUUCCUUUGGAAUGUUUCCCCAUCUGUUCAUCUCAUGGAGCUGUGCUAUCCAUUGAUUUUCUGGCAUAAAAUGAAUUCUACUGUGCUGUUAAAUCAGGUACUAAUUUGUAUAUAGGCUGAAAGUGUGUUUGGAACAUAAGCUCUCCCAGUAUUUGGUGCUUAAUGCCGUUCAUUUUAUUUAAACUAAGUGUGCAUAUGUAACUCCUACAUAGAACCAGUAGUUACUGUACUAAUCUGGUCGAGCAUGAACUGAUGUCAAACCUGAUAUAAAAAAAAAAAGAAAGAAAAAAAAAGAAAUAGCCUGAAACUGAUGAAACAGUUAACCCACUAAUUGCCUUAAUCUUCCAGUUAUGUUAAACAUACAGAUCAUGUGCGAUGCUACGUGCAAAUCUUGAAAGAGGAGUUAUCUUGUCUUUCAGAGCAAUAAUGCCUUUUUCUAUCACAGAAUUAAGCUCAUCAUUUUUUCAAGUUUAAAUGCUCUGUAGUGGAACUAAUUUGCUUUCAUAAAGACACUGCAGCCAUGUUUUCCAAACAGUAUAAAUGUGUAUAUUGACCUUUCACUCAGUGAAAUCCAUGAAGUGCUGAAAUACAAUGUGAAGUUAAAAGCUUCUGUUUACAAAGAAGCCACUCAGACAAUGUUUGGUCUCUGUACGCCAUGGUGACUGGGGUCCACCUCGAGAAAGCCAGAUGCCCUGCAGAGUCCAGAGAAGCAACUGUCCUGUUCUUCUCGUAACUGAUUCGCCAUGAAGAUGCUCAUAGCCUUACCUUGUGUUUGCUUUUUUAAAAUAAUUGACUUUGUGUUUUAAAUGUUCUAGAUUUAUAGAAAAAUGCAAAGAUGGUACUAAGUUCCCAUCUCCCUGGGCCCUGUUUCUGCUGUUGUUAGUGUCUUCUGUUAGUGUGCUGCAUUUGCCAGUGUUGAUAUUGGACAUGGUGUUCAGAGCUCUGGCUUGUCCUUCAUGUCCCCUUUCUGCCCCGUUGUCCCCUCAGAGUCCUAGAUUACAUUCUGUUAUCAUGUCUGCUGGGUUCCUCUGCCCCUUGGCACUUCACUUUCUUGGCUUUGAUGACCUUGGAAGUUUCAGGAAUAUUGGUCAGAUGUAUUGCCCCCUGGCCAGCUCCUGGAAUUUGUCUGCUAUUUUUCUCAUUGUUACACUGGGAUUGUACAUUUGAAGGAGAAGAUCGUAGAAGUAAAGCGCCAUUUUCACAGUGUCUUAAAGUGUGUGGGGGCAAGCACAUUCCACUUAGUGUUGACUUUGGACACCUGCUGGGUUUCUCCACUGUAAGCUCUUUCCUCCACACCUUCUGUUCUGUUGCAAGCAGACAGACAGGCAGGCAGGCAGGAGGAGGAAGGGA